AUGGCAUCUCUUCGCCAACCCACCCUCCGGCUACUGGCUUCGUCGAAUAUCCGACGAUUCUCCCCGACAAUCAUCAACAGCACAAGAUGCCUAGCUACCCUUGCCAAAGAAGAAAUUGUAACAAAGAAGGAACCUUUGGUCAAGAAGUUCUCAAUUUACAGAUGGUCACCCGAUGAGCCGACAAAGAAGCCGCAGAUGCAAGAGUACUCGCUCGACCUGAACGAGUGCGGACCUAUGGUUCUUGAUGCUUUAAUUAAAAUCAAGAACGAAAUGGAUCCUACUCUGACCUUCAGAAGAAGUUGCAGAGAAGGUAUCUGUGGUAGCUGUGCAAUGAAUAUCGAGGGAACAAAUACAUUGGCUUGUUUGAGCCGUAUAAACAGGGAUGCUAGCUCAACUACCAGAAUAUACCCUCUUCCGCACAUGUACGUCGUCAAGGACCUCGUGCCGGAUCUUACCAACUUUUACAAGCAAUAUAAAUCUAUCCAACCAUACUUGCAGAGCAAGGAGCCGGCACCAGAGGGCAAGGAAUUCCUUCAAACCAAGGAAGAUAGAAAGAAGUUGGAUGGUCUUUAUGAGUGCAUUUUGUGCGCUUGCUGCAGCACCUCGUGUCCAAGCUACUGGUGGAACCAGGAAGAAUACUUGGGACCCGCCGUGUUGAUGCAGGCUUAUAGAUGGCUCGCGGACUCGCGUGACGGAAAGAGCGGUCAGAGGAAGGACAUGCUUGAAAACAGCAUGUCACUAUAUAGAUGCCACACCAUCAUGAACUGCGCUCGUACUUGCCCUAAGGGCCUGAACCCCGGUUUGGCAAUCGCAAAGAUCAAGAUGAUGAUGGUUCAAAGUGCUUAA